AUGUCCUCAUCAAGGCUGUUCCAGGCUAUGAUACACUGCUCGCAGCAACGAUACCCGUCGUCCACCCACUCGACCAGUCCACCGAAGUCGAACGCACAACGUGACCACGGCCGACGGUCGUACGCGGAGACUCAAUCGGGCGAGGCCGCGGCCGACAACAAGACAGCCAUCCUGGUGCAGCACGGCCUGCUGGACAGCAGCUUCUCAUGGGUCUGCAACUUCCGCAACCAAAGUCUGGUCUUCGUGCUUGCGGACGCCGGCUACGACGUGUGGCUCGGCAACAACCGCGGCAACACGUACUCGGACCACCACGUCAAGUACACGACCGGGGACGAGGAGUUCUGGGACUUCAGCUGGGAGGACAUGGGCAGGUUCGACCUCCCGGCCAUGCUCAACCACGUACGGGCCGUCUCGGGCCAAGACACCGUCGCACUUGUAGGCCACUCGGAAGGCACGACCCAAGCUUUCGUCGCCUUCUCCGAGGACCAGACGCUGGCCCAGUCCGUGUCGUACUUCGCAGCCUUGGCCCCCGUGGCCUGGUUGGGCAACACCAAGGCCAAGGCGCUGCAGUUCAUAGCCAAAAUCUACUUGGACAAGAUCUUCGAGGUCUUGGGCCAGGUCGAGUUCCUCUCGCAGAACGAGGUGCUGCAGGAGAUCAUCGGCGCGUCUGCCUGCACGCUAGACCCUCAGCUGUGUGAGACUGCGCUGGCGCUGGUGUCGGGCGACUCGGAGAACUGGAACUCGUCGCGAAACAUGGCGCACUACGCGCAGAGCAUCCGCAAGGAUACUUUCUCCAUGUACAAUUACGGCUGCAGCUGUCUCCGUUUGCUUGGCAUCAAUCUUUGCUCCAAGCGCAUCUGCAAGAACAAGGCCAAGUACGGCUCCUUCGACCCACCGGCCUUCCCGGUCGCUAACAUCAAGUACCCGCGCACGGGGUUCUUCCGGGGCGAAAACGACAUCCUGGCCGACUCCGCCGACGUCGACCAGCUCCGGAACGCCAUGCCGCUAUCCACAGUCAUCUACGACGAGACCAUCAGCGACUUCAGCCACAUGGACUUCACCUGGGCCGUCAACGCCAACCAGAAGGUCUACCAGUCCGUGCUCGAGCAACUCGAAGCGUACGUGGGCGUCGGAUACUAA